UGACCAUUAACGUUUAUGAAACAGAAGUCUAUCGAGAGAGAGUAGGAACUGCAGAUGCUGGAGAAUCUGAGAUAACAAGGUGUUGGCCUGGAUGAACACAACAGGCCAAGCAGCAUCAGAGGAGUAGGAAGGCUGGCGUUUCGGGUCUUUUUCUGAAGCGCCUAGACCGGAAUCAUCAGCGUCCCUGCUGCUUGGCCUGCUGUGUUCAUUCAUCUCUACACGUUGUUAUCUCAAGUUUAUCGAACGCUUUUUAACUCCGUUUUAGGAUAGUCACUUCAAUAUCGAUGCAGAUUAUAAAUAACAUUAGCACUCGAUCGACAGAUGGCCAUUAUGAAUAAAAUUAUUGGCUCUCGGUAUGGGGCAGCUGCAAGACAACUAUGUUUCCGGUCGGGUUGUCAUGGUGCAGUGUGUUUCCGGUCGGGUUGUGAUGGUGCGGUGUGGGUUCCCGGUUCUGCGGAAGUAUGGCAGCUUUAUUGACAAUCUCAGAAUUUAUGUUCGUGGUGGGAGCGGUGGAAUGGGACUUCUUCGGCUUGGUGGUGAAGGUGGUAAAGGUGGUGACGUCUGGGUUGUAGCACAAGAUGGAGUAAGCUUGAAAAAGCUCAAGGACAAAUAUCCAAGUAAACGCUUUGUGGCUGGUGUUGGUGCUAACAGCAGCAUUCGAUCACUUAAGGGAGCAAAGGGAAAUGAUUGUGAAAUUCAUGCUCCAAUUGGAAUUUCAAUCACUAAUGAUGAUGGGCAAGUAAUAGGUGAACUAAACAAAAAGGGAGAUCGCAUAAUUGUAGCCCAUGGUGGUCGUGGCGGUUCAUUUGUGACUAACUUCCUGCCUUCUAAGGGGCAAAGCAGAAUUAUACGGAUGGAUUUGAAGCUUGUAGCUGAUUCAGGAUUGGUUGGGUUUCCAAAUGCAGGGAAAUCUUCAUUAUUGAGUCAGCUGUCUCAUGCCAAACCUAAGAUUGCAGAUUAUCCAUUCACUACCAUGAGACCAGAAAUUGGAAAGUUAAUGUACAGUGAUUACAAACAGGUAUCAGUUGCUGAUUUGCCCGGUUUGAUUGAAGGUGCACAUUUAAACAAAGGGAUGGGUCACAAGUUUCUUAAACACGUGGAGAGGACCAAGCAGCUUCUUUUCGUGGUGGAUGUGACUGGAUUUCAGCUUUCAUAUAAAGCACCUUUGCGAACAGCUUUUGAGGCUAUACAGCUAUUAACAAAGGAGUUGGAGCUAUAUAAAGUGGAGCUUUUAUCCAAGCCUGCUCUUUUAGCUGUAAACAAAAUGGAUUUGGAGAAUGCUGAAGAGAAGUUUAAAGAUCUAAUGCAACAGCUUCAGAAACCUGAAGCUUUCUAUCAUUUAUUGCCAGAAGAGAUGAGACCCUUGAGACCUGUCCAGUUUCAGCACAUAAUCCCAGUAUCUGCAUUGACUAAACAUGGAAUUGAAGAACUGAAAAACUGCAUUCGCAAAUCAUUAGAUGAUCAAGCUGAUCUAGAAAAUGAACAGUAUCGUCUUGAAAAAUUGCAGAGUUUACAUUCAAGUACUUUCACAUGUACCUAUAACUAAUAAAGUUAGUAAUUGUUGGGGCAAAUCUUCCAUACUGGAGAGAUGGGAGGCUUAUACUGCCAUUCAUUUUCACAUGGAUCUGGAAGAUCAUCAGUGGAAAUGUAAAAGGACUAGUUCCAAGUCAUUUGAUGAAGCAUGAUUUUAAUAAUGCUACUGCACUUACGUGUACUUCCACAAAUGAUUAUGAACACCCAGAAUCGUGCAGCACUAAAGAUCAUUUGAUUCUUUACAGUUAUUGCCUUUUUAAGAGCUAUUUAUUAGUGUCACAACUCUGCUUCUUACCUAUAGACUUGCAAAUGUUUGCUUUCAGGUAUUCAGCUAUUGCCAUUUUAAAAAGUUUUCAUUAUGUCUUUUUCCACUAUGUUUUAGGCCAUUCAUUCCACAUCAAAAUUAGCGGGGAACUAAAAACUUGCUAUUUUCAGAACUUCCAUCAUUCAGCCACCACUAUCCCUGUCAUCAGCAGCAGAGUUAAAAUUGAGACCUUACAGUCCACCAUUUGAAAGGUUUAGAAACAUGACAUUGCAUGGCAGAAAUUGCUUAGAAUUGACACUGUCUCCUUGGAAGAGAAGUUUGAUCAGAAUGUGGUAAUUGUCCAUGGGUACGAGAAAAAGCUAUAAGCAGCAAAUGUGUACUCUAAUGGAGUUGCAAGUGGACAAAGAAUGCAGCAGGAGAAGGUCCACAUGGGAAUGGUUUGUUACGCAUUUUAAUGUGUUUCAAAAAUCAAGUAAUAAAAAGCAAAAUAAUGAAAAAUGAA